UAUAUAGCGUUUACAAAAUCGGAUUUAGUGUGCACGUCGUUUAAACAAUCUUGUUGAUUUUAUUUCUAACGUAUCAGUUAAGGUUCGGAUAAAAUCGAAGUUUUGACAUAGACAGGUAGUUUUGGGUAGAUGUGUAAAGUAUAGCAUGUAUUAGAAAUAAUGCAAGAAUAAUGUGUUUUGUUAUUGCAUAUGGUUAAUUUCAAUAUAUAACCGUGUAUAUAUCUAAUAAACAUGAUAUACUGUGGUAUAAGUGCUGAGUUGUAAUUAUUUAUAUAGAGAGGAUUUGAAGUGGAUAAGGAAAUAAAGUGAUUCAUAAAUAAGAUUUUAUAAGUUAUAUUGGUCAUAUUGAUCAAGGAACUAUAAACAUAAUAUGCAUUACUGUUGACAAAGCGCGGCUAAUAUUGUGUUACAUUUGGAAUAUACCAAGUGCUACUUAACUUAAAACGUCAUAUAUCUAACGAUCGCUUACAUGGGUAUAAAUAUUUUAUAUUCCUUUUAUAACUGAUGUGAAAAUGGCUUCCAGAAAAAGCGAAAUUCUCGACAGUCCACAAACUACCAUAGGGGCACAAGAUUUGCUGUGUAUAGGACAUUGUCAAAAGUCUGGUUUCCUUAGAAAACAAGGAUCGCUCGAAAGACUUUUCAAAUUCUUGAAAUGGCGACAGAAAUUUGUUGUUCUAUCAAGAGGGUGUAUCUAUGUGUUCAAAGACGAGCUGGCAUCUUGUCCUCAGAUGUCGUAUAGUCUGCGGCUAUUUCUAAGACUGUCACGAAAUGAUGACGGGAGUGUUAGAUGGUCUUUCUGUAUAUUCCCGGCAGAGGAAGGCGGGAAAUCACUUCUGUUCUCCUGUAUAAGCGAGCAGGAAAGGAAGGAAUGGAUGAAAUCCUUAAAAGCUGAAAUGGUAAAAGCUCAUAAAGUAACAGAAAAGACAGAUGAGAACAGGGACGAGUAUGUUUACAUUGAGAAACCUGUAAUAGAAAAUGCAUCUGUAGGAAAAAAGGCUAAACGGGAACCAGAUAAAAAGUCUAAUGGAAAGAAAGGUAAACGGGUACCAGAGUUACCAGUUGAUGAUGAUGAUGAAGAAGAAGAAGAAAUAGAUGAUGAUGAUGAUCCAGGGGGAGAGAAAGACUAUACAACUAUAGAUGAAUCAAUGUUAGAUAACCGACCACCUAUGCCGGCACCAGCAAGUACGAAGCCUCCAGAGAAGAAGACGCCUAUCAAACCAAAUUUUAAGCCAGCAUUACCAAACGAUAACAAACAAACAAAAAUCCAACAUGAAAAGAAAGCAGCCUCUUUACCAGCAUCCGUCAAUCUGAAUGCCGUUCUCAGGGAAGCAUUUGAAUACGACGGAAGUGAUAGGGGUCAAAUAGAACAGUUGUUGGUGGAAAGACCAGAAGGGACAUAUCUAGUUAGAAAAUCAAGAUCUGAUGGAAAAGAGGUUCUUUCGGUUAACAUUGAAGGAUGCUUAAAAGAGUUUAAAAUUUACCCGAAGAAUAACGGCGUGACAAUUGACAGCACUAUGUAUUUUUCGACAGUUGAAGAGUUAAUUCAGUAUUACACGGAACAUCUUUUACCAAAGAAAACAACCAGACUGUAUCGUGCAUACACUGUACUUGAUCCAAGAUACGUAAACUAAACGCUCGUUCAUCUAACAUAAAUGAGCCGCGUCAGAUGCGCAGGCUGGUCUGGAUCCAUGCUGGUCGCAAACCCAUUAUGUUGGUUUUGUCGUGACACGGCUCAAAUUAGUUUCAAGGGACACGCCAUAUUCUUCUUAUUGUUAUUGUUAUUAUUUGCUUAUUGAAUUUUUGAUUCGUGGUGCUUUAUGCAUGACUUAACUUUUGAGUAUUUUGAGGAAACGAAAAAAUGUUUAAUCUUUGAUUUAUACGAGAUACCAUGUAAAAGCACGUGUUUAGCCUAGAGGGUACGUCGUUAUAAUCAUUUAUUCGACCCGUGAUUUCAUAGGUAUUCGUAUUGUAGUGAUGCUUGUGCUUUACUUCAAUAUACUGUAUUUAGAUCAUGAUACGUCAUUACGUAAUUGCAUUAUUUCCUUAAAAGACAAAGCGAAAUUUGUGUCAUAUAUGUUGUUCAUCAUUAAUUUUCAAAAUAAUGAUAUAUUUCUUUACUUUCAUACUGCCUUGUUCAUAAUACCUACUGUUUGUUGUUGUUGAUUUAGUGGGAAGGGGGUUGGAUAAACGUCGCACCAACACAAUACAGGUCAUAUGGCGACUUUCCAGCUUUACCGAUGGAGGAAGACCUCAGGUGACCCUCCAUGCAUUAUUUCAAGCACGAACGAGCACCUGAGUAGAACCACCAACGUUUCGACUCGCAUUAAAAAUUCAAAGUCCCUAACGAGAUUCGAACCCACGGCGGUGCGGGACAAGUGGAUUGAAGUCAAUGACACAAACGUUCGGCCACAAACGCCACAACCUAUUUUUUUAAUCUAAUAUUAACACAAUAGUUAUAAUCUUUGUUUACGUCUCAUCAUUGUAUAGACAUCAUAUACAAAACGUUUAGGGCAAAAGUUUACAUCAUAACAGUAAAAUACCACUCCAACAUGGAGUUAUAAGAGAUGUCCGUGUAAUGUCAGUAACCCGAGCAACCGUGCAAAAAGUUAUCCCGUUCGGCUAUAUGUAGAUAGGGGUAGAUCGGCAAAUUUUUUGUGAGAUGAUUAAACUAAAGCAGUGAAAGAAUAGAACAUUUUUAGUUUAAGUGUUUCAUGACAUUGUUUAGUAUCAUAAAUAAUUUAAGUAGUAAAAUUAUCAAAUUCAUUUAAAGUGCUUUUUACAGUAGUAUUUACCCAAAAAUACAAAAUUAAAAGAAUGUAGGCUAGUGUUUAAAAUGUGGGAAGAAUUUAAAACAUAUCAAACCUUUGUGUAUUCAGUAGAAAUAUGAAUGUUAUAAAUUGUUUACUGUAUCAAUUUACGAUAUUGUGAUAAGAAGUUUUCGAUACGCUUGUUUAGGUGUAAUAAUACAUAUAUAUAGCUUUUCAUGUGACUGUUGCUCUAUCAAAAGUACAUUAAACUUCUGUAUCAUGUG